GCAGCCGGAUCCAGCCGAGUCCAGCUGCCCCCGCUUCAACCCCCUUUGGACAACCACGACCUGGACUCUGCGCAGACAUCUCACCGAGGGACGUGCUCCGCUGAGAGCCAUUGUGGUUUCGUCUUGACGUGACACGCCAGCCCCCUGCCAGGCACGCGCCUCCUCGGGCACCAGCGGGAGCAUAAAGUCAGCCGCGCGCGCACGGGGCUCAGCAGUGAACCGGUGACCGGCUCCGGUUCGUUCAGAGUGGAGAACGCGCCGCGAUGGAAACCUCUUUUCUCCGCCAGCGCAGGAGGUGAUGCGCCCUGCCGGACUCGGGUCGGGUCUGCUGCCGGAGAGCAUGGCGGAGCUCUGGAACCACAACACCACGUCCUCCUGGAACCGCUCGGCUGCGGGACAGAACCGGUUCAGCAGCCUGGACGACAUCGACGUGCCGGCGGACGGCUCCCCGACCCUGCGCAUCCUCAUCUCCAUCGUGUACUCGGUGGUGUGCGCCGCCGGGCUGGUCGGGAACCUGCUGGUGUUCUUCCUGAUGAAAGUGCGCCGGGGCCGGAAGAAACGCUCCAGCAUCAACCUGUUCAUCCUCAACCUGGCCGUGACGGACUUCCAGUUCGUGCUGACCCUGCCCUUCUGGGCUGUGGACACGGCCCUGGACUUCAGCUGGCCCUUUGGGAACGCCAUGUGCAAGAUCAUCCUCUCCGUGACGGUGAUGAACAUGUACGCCAGCGUGUUCUUCCUGACCGCCAUGAGCGUCACCCGGUACUGGUCGGUGGCGUCGGCGCUGAAGGACCGGACCCGGCGGCGGGUGUGCCCGGUGCGCUGGGUGAUCGCCGGGCUCUGGGUCUCUGCCACGGCGGCCUCCUUGCCCACUGCCGUCUUCUCCACGGUGAAGAGCGUGGCCGGUGAGAGGCUGUGCCUGCUGGGCUUCCCGGACGGCCAGUCGUGGCUGGCGCUGUACCACCUCCAGAAGAUCCUGGUGGCCUUCGUGUUCCCCAUGCUGAUCGUCACCGUGUGCUACCUGCUGCUGCUGCGCUUCGUCCGCCUGCGCAGCAUGAACAACAACCAGGUGAAGCGGAGGUCCCGGGUGACCCGCUCCGUCACCAUCGUUGUCCUCUCCUUCUUCGUCUGUUGGAUGCCCAAUCACGCCAUCACCUUCUGGGGCGUGCUGGUGAAAUUCAACCUGGUCAACUGGGACAAGACCUACUACAUGGUGCACACCUACGUGCACCCGGUGACCGUGUGCUUGGCGCACACCAACAGCUGCUUGAACCCGGUGCUGUACUGCCUGAUGCGCCGGGAGUUCCGGAAGAAGAUGAAGGACCUGUUCUGGAGGAUUUCCUCGCCCACCGGGGCGAACACCUGCCGCCUGCGACCGUUCUCCGGGACGGUGAGAGCGGAGCCGGACGACACGCAGGUUGUGAUCCCGCUGAACAACGUGGAGACGGAGAACUGCGGACUGUCUGUUUUAACGGAGCGGUGCGACACGGACACGCUGCAGAGGUGAAGCGGCCGUUGAGGGGGGAGACACAGGUCGCUGCCUCUCGCCGAAAAAACCUUUGAGUCCCGCUGACAUCGACCUGACACUCCCGGACGAACCGCGAAUCCCGGUGCUUUGCCUGGACUUUUCCUCGCAGUGAAGUUGUUCUUUGUUUCGCUACGCGUCGUGUUUCAGCUCGUUGCUUCCGGACAGCACCGUGCAAACUGCGCCAAAUCCGACGCUGCUCGUGUAAAAACCGCAAAGCGCCGGACCAAUCAUCGCAGCUACGCGUGGCGUAUUAGAUGUUUUUGACUUUGCAUCAAAGGGAUUUUAUAUAUAUAUAUGUAUAUAUGUUGUUUUUUAAAAUUUAAAGAUGUGAAACAUAAGAGGAGAGAAACAACGAGUGUGCGUAAUUUGCGCAUCAGGGCGCGUUGCGUAAAACCACCCGGCUGCGUUUCUGGCUCAGCCGACUCCGCGGAGUCCGACUGGGAGCUCGCAUGACAGUAAUGCCGAUGCUGUUCUGAGUUCUCUUUCUUUUCUUUCUCCUUAAUGUAAACGGGGAACCGGCUCAGUGUCUCAUCCAACGCAGCUUCGUUCUCUAAAGUGCGUUCUGUGCAGAGCAGAGAGUCCGGUCAUGGUCCCGCGGGGGGGGGGGGUUCGGUCUGCUGCGGCUUCAAACAUCCUUCUGUGGAGUGUCGUUGACGUUUGUUGUGGCUGGUGUGUAAAAUGUACAAGCUUGACUAAGUGAAUGUAAAAAAACAAACAACUGCCACCUUUAAAACACUGUUUGGAGAAUAAAAGAUUUCGCUUGUGUUGACGUGAA